GCCUAUUUAAUAAUUAAUUUCCUGAACCUUGCUAUAUGCGCUACUGUUUAAACUACAGCGACGUCCCCGAGGAACUCUAGACCUCCGUGUGAAUAUUGCGCAAAAAUCCCGUUGCAUUAGAAUAGCAGUUCGCUCAACUGGUGUUAUUCUGACACGACCACCACCUCACGUUAGUACAGGAGUGAAACGCUGUGAAACCGAGUGGCGUCAAAAAGGUUUGAAUAAAGAUGGCAGAAGUUGUACACAUGAUUGACAGCGAGGUUUUCCUGGCCUUCUCCACAUAUGCAACCAUAGUCGUCCUCAAAAUGAUGCUCAUGAGCUUCAUGACCUCAUAUUUUCGCUUGACAAAACAGGUUUUUUCAAACUUGGAGGACACCACCUUGGUGAAGACCACAGAAGACAGGAAGAGGCUGGUCAGGGUUGAUCCGGAUGUGGAAAGAGUGCGACGGUGCCAUCUAAAUGACCUGGAAAACAUUGUUCCCUUUGUGGUGAUCGGUCUCCUGUAUGCACUCACGGGGCCAGAUCUCUCCACGGCUCUGUUGCACUUCCGGGUGUUUGUAGGGUCACGUUUCGUCCACACAGUGGCCUAUGUGAUGGCUCUGCCCCAGCCUACCAGAGGUCUGACCUUUGGUGUGGGGCUGUUCACAACUUUUUCUAUGGCUUACCGGGUGCUCACCACAGCGCUUUUUCUCUAAUGGAUAGCAUUCACUUCAUUUAAAACCAUUUAGUUUGAGUUUUCUACAAUGUUGCGUGAAAGAAAUGUGUUGAGGAACCAAUUAUAAUGCUGUUUUUGUGUUUUCUAAUGGCUUUCAGUACCACAGUCCCAUGAAUGCACUUUAUAGUGUGAAUGAAAACUAAACAUAUGGCCUAAUACUGCUGAUAAUAUUUAAUUAAUGUAAUCUUUAACUCCUGACACACAUUUCAGGAUGAGUCUAAA